AUGUACACACAAUACUACACCUGGUCACCGACUUUUUCCGCUACCGCACAGUCCCCCCAAUCAGAGUCUGGGUCAUCCAGCGUCCAAGAAGAUCUCUGGUACCGGGAGAUGGAAGCCUUUGUCGACUACAAUUACGGUUCGAAUUACAGCAGCACAAACACGAGCAUUAGCACACCAGCCGCGUUCUCGAGUACCCGCGAAUCUGCCUCGUUGGCCAGUUGGCAAGAGCACCACACAUAUCAAACCUCAAUGUCAUCUGUCUCUGAGAACAUCGCGCCUGUUGGCACUGUACCGAUAACUUCUAUCCACACCUCAUAUCAUGCUUCUACUAGUGCUUCGAUACUUCUACCUUCGCAAAAAUCAGACGGUUCAGGUGUACAGAGGCGGAAAGCGUUGCGAGGCGCUCAAAGGUCGACGGGGACGACGACCCGAAAGAGGACCAACACUCGUGCACGUAAAGUGCCACAGCGGAAAAUACAUGCCACUGGGGUGUUAACCUCUGAGGAGGUGGCAUCGCUUCCCUCCAAAGAGUACACUGACAGUGUUGUGCGUCGCAUUUUGGGAGUCCCACCAAACAUCAAUCUCGAAGAUGCAUGGCCAAUAGGUGCAGACCCUUGGCGUCGAUACACAAAAAUUAAGGUUCUCAUUCUCAUUGUCGGUUGCUCUCCUAACCAUCGAGCAUCACUGGAAGACAUUGAGACGUAUCUGAUGAACAAGUACCCCAAACUCGCAGAUACACCAUACAGUAAAAAAUGGCGGAUGCUUGGAAUCCAUAGUUUCAUGUGA